AUGGCGUCUUCCAACCAUGUUACCCCCACUAACUGCGGUUGGUGGCCAAUCUCCGCGAUGGAGGAAGACGGCAAAACGACAGACGGCGAGGAGUGUGAGGAGCCAACGGCGGAGCCCAACGCUGUCAACAAAGAGCGGCUGGUUUUGUAUCACUGGACGCAGUCUUUCGCCUCCCAGAAGGUGCGUCUAGUCAUCAACGAGAAGGGUCUGGUGUGUGAGGAGAGAGACGUGAGUCUGCCACUGCAGGAGCACAAAGAGCCGUGGUUCAUGCGGCUCAACCUGGGGGAAGAGGUGCCGGUCUUCCUCCAUGGCGACAUCAUCAUCAGUGACUAUAACCACAUCAUAGACUACUUGGAAACCAACUUUGUGGGAGGUAGUCCAAAUGGCUGCAUCGCUAAUCAUGUUUCCCCAUCCGCAGACACGGUGGUUCAGUUGAUUCCUGCGGCCGAUUCGCCCAUUCACGAACGAGUGCAGCAGUAUCGCCGGCUUCUGGACGAUCUUCCCAUGGACGCAUACACACACGGCUGCAUCCUUCAUCCGGAGCUUACCACCGACUCUAUGAUCCCAAAGUACGCCACUGCUGAAAUACGUCGACAUUUGGUCAAUGCAGCAACAGAGUUGAUGAAGUUAGACCACGAGGAACCUCAACUGACAGAGCCGUACCUGUCCAAGCAGAAGAAACUCAUGGCAAAAAUAUUGGACCACGACAAUGUCAACUACCUGAAGAAAAUCCUGGGUGAGCUCGUGAUGGUUUUAGAUCAAGUAGAGACUGAGCUGGAGAAAAGAAAGUUGGAGCACCAAGGUCAAAAAUGUGAUCUGUGGCUAUGCGGAGAUGACUUUACGCUAGCUGAUAUCUGUCUGGGAGCCUUGCUGCACAGGCUGAAGUUCUUGGGACUUUCUAAGAAAUACUGGGAGGACGGCAGUCGGCCCAACUUGCAAUCCUUUUUUCUGCGCGUGCAAAAACGCUACGCUUUCCGCAAGGUCCUGGGCGACAUCCACACGACGCUCUUGUCGGCGGUCCUGCCCAACGCCUUUCGGAUGGUAAAAAAGAAGCCGCCGUCCUUCUUCGGAGCCUCCUUUCUCAUGGGGUCCCUCGGGGGCAUGGGCUACUUUGCCUAUUGGUUUUUAAAAAAGAAAUACAUGUAG